AGGGACCAAUUAAUAAAUUUUUCUAGUCGGCCUAACUUCAUGUGCGUACCAUUCCCCAAAUUGUUCCCAAUAAUUUAUUGGGCGUGUCCUUUCCAAUCCAAACUCGCCAAAAGAUCUAUGUUAUAGUAGUCACUCGUUACCCGCCAUGACUGGUCCGACGGUUGAACGCUGACAGCCCAGAAUGCCUUCUCUAUCCAAUCUCUAUCUCUUGGCCUACAACUCUGCUCAAGCCAUUGCAUGGGCAGUUUGUCUCGCUCUAAGCUUGGGCAGUGUUCUAUCCACCAAGACUCUCAAUGGUGCCUAUGCUUCUGCUGGAGACCUCAUCUAUUUGUGCCAGAUGGUUGCGUUCUUGGAAGUUGUACACGGAGCCGUUGGUCUGGUGCCGAGUGGAGUGGUGAUUCCUCUGAUGCAAUGGGCAGGGAGGACAAAUUGUAUGUUUGUAAUGCGUCAAACCCAUGAGGUCCAAGAGUUGCCAGCAGUGUUGAUAAUUUUUGUUGCAUGGAGCAUAAGUGAGAUUAUUAGAUAUCCAACCUAUGCUUUGAAUUGCAUCAGAAGUUGUCCACCUUGGCUUACCUAUCUCAGGUACUCUGCAUUCCUUGUCUUGUAUCCUCCUGGGAUGGGUGGUGAAACCUGGAUCAUGUACUAUGCACUUCCAUUUAUGAAGAAAUACUCCUUCGGUUAUUAUAGGUUUCUGAUGGUUGUGCUUUUCUGCUACCCGUUCCUCUGUUUGAAAGUUUACUUGCAUAUGGUCAAGCAACGGCGAUCAAAGCUAGGUAAACAAGACAAGAAGAAGAAGAGGUGAAGGACCACUAGAUGCACCAGUUGCUGGUGUAUUCAGGAACACGUACUGCCUAUAGAGGGAGGCUUGCAAUAUGCUUUAUAUUGAAGUUCUUGCAUAUAUUUAUUGCUCGAUUAAAUGAUUCACCCCUUGCCCUUUGUCUACUUUGGACUCUAAAAUUGUCUUUCCAAUCUAUUUUAGAUGUCUGACCACUGUUAUUCAACGAUCUCUGAAUGUUAUGAGUUAAUAUAUUGGUUCAUACUUGGUCUAUUUUAUCGGUGAUAUUAGAG